AUGAAGGUGUUGCUGUUUGAGCUGAUGGUCAUCUGUCUGCUUGGAGCUCUGCAUGCACGAGCAAAGAUUCAACCUGAAGACAUGGGUCUCAGUGAACAGGAGCAGCAUUUGGGCAAAAGAUUCGCUGAGUCGACCAUCGCCAGCGAGAUGAGCAAAAUCAUGGAUUCAAUGGUGCAGAAAAACUUUGUGGACUUCCUGCUCAGCCAGAAACAGAAAAGAAGCAAGCCUGUGGACGAGGAGCGUCAGUUCAAUGACCUGCUGAAGCUCAUCUAG